CACGCCCGGCGCCUUGCUUCCCGGCUGAUCGGGCACCCUCGGGGUGCAUGGAAGCAGCGGCAGCAGCAGCCCACGAGGCGGCUGCCCCAUGGAGUGUUAUUACAUUGUCAUCAGCUCCGCGCACCUCAGCAAUGGACACUUUCGCAACAUCAAGGGAGUUUUCCGAGGUCCUCUCAGCAAGAACGGCAACAAAACUCUGGAUUAUGCUGAAAAGGAGAAUACAAUCACCAAGGCUCUGGAAGACCUUAAAGCCAACUUCUAUUGCGAACUUUGUGAUAAACAAUACUAUAAGCAUCAAGAGUUUGACAAUCACAUCAACUCCUAUGACCACGCUCACAAACAGAGACUCAAGGAGCUGAAACAGAGGGAGUUUGCCCGAAAUGUAGCUUCCAAAUCAAGAAAAGAUGAAAGGAAGCAAGAAAAAGCCCUUCAACGCUUACACAAGUUAGCUGAACUGAGAAAAGAAGCUGUGUGUGCUCCAGGGAGUGGCCCUAUGUUCAGAUCCACGACAGUUACAGUCCGAGAUAAUUGCAACGAAAUCCCUCCACGUGCCCUCAUGGACUCUACUAAAAAGGAGCAAGAAUUCAACUUUGCAUUAUUGCGCAGCUCAAAGACAGCUGACAAUGUUACAUCUGUGGCUUCUUUCUCACCUGAAAAUGCAAAUAACAGCAAGCCAGACAUUAACAAGCCUGGGGAUCAAACGCAGGGGCUCCAUGGACAUAAAGUGGGGUUCUCUUUUGCAUUUCCUAAGAAAGCAGCAGUCAAGCUGGAAUCAUCGGCCGCUGCCUUCUAUGAAUACAAUGAUGAAACUUCGUCUGAACAUGGGCUUAGCAGAAGAAGCCGGUUUGUUCCUGGACCUUGCAACCUUCAGGUUUCACUGAAUGAAGAAAUAUCUCUGUGUUCUGAGGAGAAACCCAAUUCUAUUGUUCCACUAAUGGAAAAGCAUGCUGGCGAAUCUCUCCAAGUACAGGAACCACCAGAUGAACCACCCACUGAGGGAAACAUGAUAAAGGAGGUCAUGGAAUUAAGAUCUCCUGCCUCUCAUUUGAAAGAACCUGGGCCUGGUGAUUCAGAGGGCUUUUCUGUUAAUGCGGAUUCAGCUGCCUCGCCAGAUGAAACAUCAUCCAAAGUUGCCCUUGGGAACAAAGCCCUCCCUGCAGAAAGUAAUAGUGAUGAGCCCAAUGGAAAUAAAUGCACAGGUCUCCCUGUGAAUGAAGACUGUUUAUCACAGCAGGAUAUCCAGGGGAAAAAUGAUCAGAACCUGAGCAGCGAUUCACCAGCCGCUGAAGUUGAAAUUAAAAAAUGCUCAUCGGAUGGACUGAUGCCAGCAAAUUCUGAGGGGGAAACUGUAGCUUUUCCUUGUAAACAAAAUUCACAAAAAAGACCUUGUGAGCCAUUUGUUCCUGUGCUUAACAAACAUGGAUCAACCAUUCUUCAGUGGCCAUCAGAAAUGUUAAUUUACACAAACACAGAGCCAGUCAUUUCAUACAGUUGUAAUCCAUUAUGUUUUGACUUUAGGUCAUCAAGAUCAAAUGAAUGCCUCGAGAAAAAUAAACCUCAAUCAAACCAUGAUUUGAGUUUAGACUGUCCAGAUAAAUCUCUUUUAGCAAAUGUUGAUUGUGCAUCUCACAUUAACAACACACAUCCAUACAAUGAUGAGAAAUUAAAUAUGACGGAUGCUUCAGUGGCAGAGGUUUGUAGCCCCAAUAAAAAACAAGAUGACCUAAGCCUAGAUACUUUGUGGAUGAUUGGAGAAAAUGAAAAAUGCCAUAAUUCCCCAAAAUGUAUACAUGAAAGCUCAUCAGUCAAUGAACAGCGAAACAAAGCUUGGAUAAAAAGAACACAUGAAAAGUGGUUUCACAAAAACAGGAAGAGGAAAAGAAGAAGAAAGCUAUGCCAUCACCAUUAUGAGGAGGAAAUUACUGAGGCAGAUAUUAAAAUUUCUCCCUUACCCGAACAGCAAAAUAACUGUGCUGAUGUUGAUAAACAUCCAAAACUUCAUAAUGCUUUGGAACAAGGCGCUGGUGAAAAUGGAAUGGGAGAUUCAGUUGUGGAACUCUUUCAGCAGACAUCUGAAACUUUCCAGGUUGAGAACAAUGACUGUGGUGGAACAUCCACACAGGUCCAUGGAAACCAAAGUCUACAUCCCACUUGCAACACAAAAGACAAUAGGGAAUUUUACAUUAACUCUAACCAAGUGUGGAGAAGGAGUAAAUCAAUUUCUCACAGACAAUCAAAUAAACCAGGUUCAAGUUCUGGAAGAUGCAACUCAGUUCAUUCUGGAGCAUUUUGUAGUUGGAGAAUCAGAAGAUGUAGCAGUAGCCCAGACCAUAAACAUUUAGGCCAUUUUUCUGAAGAAAAAUGUGUGAAUCAAUCACUGCCCACAAAGAGAGCCUAUCAGUCACUCACAGAAGAGCCAGAAAGGUCCCAUAGGAAACGGAGACAUCAUAUGUAUUCUUGUUCAUCAGAUGAAAGUUCAAAUGCACUGACCUGUUUCUCAGAAGAGAAUCUGAGGCAAACAUGUAACUUUGCAGCACCUUGUAAACCUAAACGGAAACGAAGGAGAAAGAGAGCAAGAACUCAACAUGCAUUUAGAGAGAGGGCACCAAGAAGGAAUGUAAUUGUUGAGUCUCCUAAAAGGGUAUGCACAGUCAAUAAUUCCCUCAAACUAUUUACUGAAGAAAACACAGAGCAAACAAAAACACCUUCCAUCACAGAUGAUGCAAAUGGCAAUAUGGAACAAACAAUCCAGUCAGUAGAAAGUCAAACAGCUCCACAAUCCGAACAUUUACUUUCAUUAGAAAAUAGCAAAGGUUCGAACUCUUCCAGUACAGAGAAAACUACCUCUCUGGAGGAAUCUACAUUUUCUUCUUCUGUUACCGAACACAGUGUUCCACCAAUGGUAAAACCCCAAAACAUGCUAGAAGGAGAAAAACCUGAAAACCUAAGUGUUCCUGAAAUGCAAGUUCCUAAUAAAGUGCCCAGUCUUGAAAGAAACUUUGAUCAGCCUCCUCCUAAAGCAUAUCUGUGUCAUUAUGAAGUGGCUGAGGCUAUGCCCCAAGAGAAACUCAACCCAUCAGUCAACGAGUGGCUACGGUAUAACCCAGGUAUAUUUAAUGCACCUCCCCCUUUGCCCUUUAAAGAAGCACAUAUGAACAGUCACACAUUUUUAACCACAGAGCAAAUUCUUGCCCCCUUCACCUUGCCCGAACACACAUUGCUUUUGCCCCCGGAAAGCCACGACAAGUUCAAAGAUCUGCAAUGCGAGGCCUACCACCAGAUCUUCCAGCAAAACAUGCUCGCUAGUAAGAUGAAGCUGACCUUUCCUCCAGCUGCAGUCCAACCUUCCAAUGCCCCUCUGCAGCCCUUGCCUUUGCAGCAGCCUCUGUGCUCUACCUCGGUCACCACAAUCCACCACACGGUUUUGCAACAGCAUGCAGCAGCAGCCGCAGCAGCUGCGGCUGCUGCAGCAAGUACAUUUAAGGUCCUUCAGCCUCACCAACAGUUUCUUUCCCAAGUCCCGGCUCUUUCACGGACACCCUUACCUCAUCUGUCAGUCGGGCCAAGACUUUGCCCUGCAAGUCACACAGCCAUUGUUGGCCCACCCCAACUGCCCCUUAUUCCAGCUUCAGUUCUCCACCCAAGCCAUUUGGCAUUUCCCCCAUUGCCCCACACACUGUUCCCCUCACUCCUGUCACCACAUCCUGCUGUCAUUCCUUUGCAGCCACUAUUCUAGGGCUCAUGAGGAACAGUCAAACUAGAAGGACAAGUCUUUGAUUGAAGAUACACCAACACUGUUCAUCAGAACCAUGGACAGAUCACUCUACCAAUAGACCGAGCUUAAGAGGUUGCAAGAACCUUCUGAUAUAGAAGAAUUUGCUAUUGGUCUAAAAAUGCAAAUAUUUAUAUGUAAAGUGCAGAUUCAUAAUAAAAUUAAAGCACUGAAUAUUCUAAUAUUAAUACAAACCAUCUAUGUAUAGAUAUACAUAUACACAUAUAUAUAUGUACGUAUGUAUGAAGAUCAUGUCUUAAAAAUAUACUAACAUGUAUAUAAAAUAUAUUUAUAGUACUGUAAGUUAUGUUGUAAAGUAUGCUCCUGGUUGUUUUUUUUAAUUAUAUUUGUGUAUUCGCACCUAAGUAAUGUUUAGACAAAGCUGAUGCACUAUGUUUUGUACAACAUCCCUUAUAACCAUAAAUAUAGUGAGAACUCUCUCUUGCAAUAAUUUUCUUUGUUACAGAUUUAACUAUCUUUUUUUAAGAAAACAAAAAUCACACAUUGUGAGCCUCAUAGAUGGUUGCUUUCUGCCAUUUAAAUGGUAAACUCUUCUGUGUUUGGGUAACCAACUUUCCCUUAGCCUUCUGUGAUUUAUUAUCAUGGCUCAGAGGCUAAAACCUAGAGGGGAACAAUCUUACUGAGAGGAUGACAAAGGGUAAUAGAUCUGAUUGUAUUAGCAGCUUGAUGCUGCGGAGACAAAUAUUGCUCAUUUGCAGAGUGUGCUGGCACUCUCCUUUGUUUUUGUUUUUUUAAA